AUGCAAGCACUCCACCGCUUGGCGGGCGUGCAGGGGACGUCGGACAGCAACACACAACCUCCAGCGCCCGUCUCUACGCAUUACCCCAUUCCGCCUCCGCCGCCCAUACCAGACGAAGGCGCCGACGAUGCUGACACCCGGAGCAUACGAAGCACACAGCGGACCGCCUCCCUACCCCUGAACCGACAACCUUCCCACAGGUCCUUCCGCUCAACUCGCUCAGCACACUCGCGCAAGAGUGCAUCUUCCGCAAAGAGGCAGGGGAGCCGCGAUGAACUGGCAGUCACGACUAAUCCGCCCCCAACGCCCAAUCGACCGACGCAUUACAACGCGCAGCAACUCAGCCCAGAAGCCGCAGCAAGACCAGCGCCCGAUACGCGACCACAGGCACAACCUCAAGCACAGCCGGAGAGCAGCGCUGCCCUUCGUCCUUCCGCCGAGACAGGCGUAUCUCAUGCCUCUAUCGAUGACGAGGAGUUUUCUUGGGGACCAUCACAUCCGUGCUUUCCGCACCCGAAUCCACACUGUUCGCCAAAAUCUGUCGAAUUCGAAGCGACGCGAGUGAUACGCGUCAAAAGAGACUGGCUCGCAGCGGGAGAUCUAUACCCUCAGUACGCCAACUUGUAUCCCGAGAUCCUCGAACCGCUGGUCAGCGACAGCGAGUUUCGGCUCGUAAUCGCAAACAUCAACAGUAUGCUCAAGCGAACGCAUUCGCCGUACACGUCGAGGGCGUGGAUCGAUAGUCUCCUGGGUGCAUUCACAGGAUACGUGUGGGAAGAUCUGGGCUGGACGGGCGCGAAGAAGGGAGAGGAGGAGCUGGAGCAGUUCAUUGACAAUUGGAACGCGGAACGGGAGAAAGAAGGACGAGAUGUCAGGAUUGUACAACCGAAGCGGACAGGGUUCAUUAGCUUGGAUUUCGUGGUGCCUGAUCCGGGUAUUGAUGUUGCAAAGAGUGACGAGGGAGAAGACGGCGAGGAUGAGGACAUGCAGACAGCCCUGUCAGGUGGUCCUGCCGCGUAG